GCCGCUCUCGCGCCCGCCCGGCCUGAGUCUCGCUCCCGCCGCGCCCAGAGGAGGAGCUCCCGAGCCGGGCUCCGAAGGCAGGAAGCAAGGCAGGCCGAGAGAGAGAGAGCUAGCGAGCGAGCGCUCCCUCAGUCCCUUCCUUCUUCCGCCGGGCAGGCCUCCCUCUCCUCCCCUCAGCGUGGGCCCAUCAUGAGCGGCUGGAGCUGCUACAUCGACAGCCUGAUGGCGGACGACACGUGCCAGGACGCGGCCAUCGUGGGCUACAAGGAGGCGCCCUCCGUCUGGGCCUCCGCCCCCGGAAAGACCUUCGCCGGCAUCACGCCGGCGGAGGUGAACACUCUGGUGGGGAAGGACCGGAGCAGCCUCUUUGUGAACGGCCUGACGCUGGGGGGCCAGAAGUGCUCUGUCAUCCGGGACAGCCUCCACACGGACGGGGAGUGCACCAUGGACCUCCGGACAAAGAGCACCGGCGGGGCCCCCACCUUCAACAUCACAGCUGCCAUGACCAACAAGACGAUAGUGCUGGUGAUGGGCAAGGAGGGCGUCCACGGCGGCUGCGUCAACAAGAAGUGCUACGAGAUGGCCAACCACUUGCGGCGGUCACAGUAUUGACCGCCCCUCCGGACCCCCCUCGGACCCCCUCCUCUCUCUUCUCUUCUCUCUCUGCCUUGACCCUCCUGCGGUACAACUACUGAUGAUGAUGACGGAAGAGGAAGAAGAACAGCAGCGGAAGGAGGAGGGCCUCUUUGAAGGCGGCUUCCUGGACCAUCGAGGGACCCUUUCGGACCCCCUCGGCGCCACCGGAUCCGCCGCAUUGAAUAUGAUUCCAGCUCCUCCUCCUCCUCUUCCUCCUUCCCUUCCUCCUCUGCCCCAGUUUCUGCCAUGUUUUGUUUCUAACCCCUUCCUUCCUUCCUUCCCCCACUUUUCCCCCCAAUUCUUCCCCUUUUUUGCCAUUUGUUUUUUCUAUCACACAAACACAAGAAAAGAAAAAAAAAAUUCCUUAUUAUCGCUGCCAAAUUUUCUGGUCGUUACAAGGUGUAGUUUUUUUGGUUAAGAAAACUAUAUUGGAACAAGGAAAAAAAAAACCGAAUAAAAGAAAUCGAGGUUCUAAAAAA